CGACAUAGUAGUGCGUUUUUCUAGCCGCCUCUCGCUUUUUCCUUUAAAUAAAGCUCUUAAAAGGUUUUUGGACCAAAGUAGGAUUUAUCGUAAAUGAUCCGGUUUUGAUUUCAUUGUUCUUGGAAACAUAUAUCGGUGCAACCGCCCCAAAAACCUCCUGUCCGGAAGUUGAUUCAGUGAUUGUAAACACACAUGCUUCGCUUGCUCAAUUAUGCCAAAGCUCUUCAAUAUAAAGUUCCCGGGAGGAUGUAAGAGUCUCCCCGAUGGCUUCUGGUCAGCCGUAGACGUGUGGAUAAAGAAACCUCAUGUUGUAAACAAGCGUCUUUGUGGAGUUAAAGAGACAGACAGCAAAGAUGUGGACCAAGACGACCUACGGCUCCUGCUGCAUGAUCCUGAACUCUUCACAGAUGUGCUGCUCUUCGUGAUCACUGGGGCCUCAGCUGCCCACGAAGCCGACAAACCAUGGUCCUCCAGCGUCAGGACAUUUAUUCCCAAAGUAAACUGUUAUGGGACAAACCUGCAUAAAGAAAUUAUUCUGAAAGACUUUGGUAGACAACGAGUGACCUUUAUCCCAUUUGAAGAGGAUGCAGAGGGAAAAGCGUCUCUGAAGAAAGGCAACAUUUAUCAGAUUCAGCUCUGCAAUCAGGACUGUCGGAAUAUUUCAGAAACUGCUGAUCUGCUGGCAUUUCUAGAGUUUACUGGGAAUGGAGUGGAAAAAGAGAAAAUAUCCAAUGAGCUGCAGCUCUGCUUCUUUUUGCCAGAGGUCAGAUUCAGGAGCACGUUGUCUCUGCUGCCAGUGGAGAAGUACAGCCUCAUGUACCAACAGCUGAAGGACAAGUACAAGGCCAUGGUGAAGGUUUGGCCUGAGGUUACAGAUCCUGAAAAGUUUGUGUAUGAGGAUGUUGCUAUUGCUACGUAUCUCCUGGUGCUGUGGGCCGAGGAGAGAGCAGAGAGAGGUCUGACUGCCAGGCAGUCCUUUGUGGACCUCGGCUGUGGAAAUGGCCUCUUGGUUCACAUUCUGACCAAUGAAGGGGAAAAGGCAAUUACUCCCAGCGAGAGCUUCUUAUUCCUGGGUACAGACUGGCUGAUUGGGAACCAUUCGGACGAGCUCACACCGUGGAUCCCCGUUAUAGCAGCCAGGUCGUCUUAUUCCUGCCGCUACUUUGUCCUCCCCUGCUGUUUCUUCGACUUCUGUGGAAAAUACCAGAGACGCCAGUGUAAGAAGUCUCAGUACAAGGAAUACGUCGACUUCAUCGCUGAGGUCAGCCAAGUCUGUGGCUUCAACACUGACGAAGACUGUUUGAGAAUACCUUCUACUAAACGGGUGUGUCUUUUAGGAAAGUCAAGAAACUAUCAGUUAUCUGAUGAACCUGAGUUAGAGCAACAAAGGGCUCAUUACAUCCACAGCCGCUGCACUGCUCCCGGGGUCACAGUUCAGAGGUCAGACGUCAGUAAUGACGAGGACUGUUGCAUUGGGAACGGAAGCUGUAACGGCACCCCCGGGAGCUCCUGGGGAGCCGGGUUCCAGCCGCGAGAUCGCGUCGAAGCGGUGCGAAAUUGUGCUGCUCUCCCGCGGGACUUUGUUGACGGUGUUGUUCUGCGGGUUGCUAAUACUCUUCUGGGAAUGACCGCGGGCGAUGGAGAAGGAUCCUGCUGUGACUGGAACCAAGGAGGUAAAACGAUUGACAUGAGUCGCUGCUGAACUGAGUCACAGGUUGAGAUCAAAUCCAGAAUAGG